GCUGAGGGGGCGGGCCUGGACGUGGGGAGUGAAAGCGAAAGCCCAGGCGGCGAACAGGGAGACCGGAGACCUAGCAGCAACUGGAGCAACAUGGCCAAGCCUUGUGGGGUGCGCCUGAGCGGGGAAGCCCGCAAACAGGUGGAUGUCUUCAGGCAAAAUCUUUUCCAGGAGGCUGAGGAAUUCCUCUACAGUUUCUUACCUCAGAAAAUCAUAUACCUGAAUCAGCUCUUGCAAGAGGACUCCCUCAACGUGACUGACAUGACUUCUCUCCGGGCCUCGCUGGACAUCCCCAUCCCAGACCCUCCACCCAAGGAUGAUGAGAUGGAAACGGAUAAGCAAGAGAAGAAAGAAGUCCCUAAGUGCGGCUUUCUCCCUGGGAAUGAGAAGGUCCUGGCCUUGCUUGCCCUGGUUAAGCCAGAAGUCUGGACUCUCAAAGAAAAAUGCAUUCUGGUGAUCACAUGGAUCCAGCACCUCAUCCCCAAAAUUGAGGAUGGAAAUGACUUUGGGGUGGCAAUCCAGGAAAAGGUGCUGGAGAGGGUAAAUGCAGUCAAGACCAAAGUGGAAGCCUUCCAGACAACCAUUUCCAAGUACUUCUCAGAACGUGGGGAUGCUGUGGCCAAGGCCUCUAAGGAGACCCAUGUAAUGGAUUACCGGGCCCUGGUGCACGAGCGAGACGAGGCAGCCUAUGGAGAGCUCAGGGCCAUGGUGCUGGACCUCAGGGCCUUCUAUGCUGAGCUUUACCAUAUUAUAAGCAGCAACCUGGAGAAAAUUGUCAACCCAAAGGGUGAAGAGAAGCCAUCUAUGUACUGAGCCCAGGGUUAGAAGGGAAAUAAAUGACCUAUACUUUGUGUGGAU